AUGCACAGCAAAAGUCACUCCAAAUCGUGCGUCAAACACCAAGGUGCAAAUUGCCGCUUUGGAUUCCCCAAACAACCGUGCGAUGAAACAAUGAUCGUCAGACCUGCGCCCGUCGACGACGACAAUCGAGAUCAACGCAAUGAAGAUCGGUUGGCGUCGAAUGCCAAGCUUGUUCCCGUGCUAAAUCUGCUGAAUGAGCCUGAAACGGCAUCCCUGACUUUGCCUCAGCUACUGGCUAAAUGUAAGCUCACCGGUGACGAGUACAUGAACUGUUUGCGCAUGACGGCCUCGUCGAGUUCUGUCGUGCUUAAGCGAGAACCGAAAGACUGCUGGGUCAACAACUACAACCGCCAUUUGCUUCUUACCUGGGAUGGAAACCUGGACAUCCAAUACAUCGUGAAUGCCUACUCUUGCAUCGCAUACAUCUGCAGCUACAUCAGCAAGGCUGAACACGGUCUGAGCCAAUACCUGAAAUCGGUCAUUGAAAACUCCCGCUGCGCAAAUGUCAACGAGAACGUGGAGGAAAAUGUCCCGGACUACAACGUCAGGUCCAAAACAACGCAAAUGUCCAUCGUGACAGAGCCUGCUGCCAUCGAUCCCGCGGUGUUACGCGACAUGUAUCGUAACCUGAACCAAAAGCAAGCGUCCGUCUUCUACAAGGUCAGAGAUUGGUGCAUAAAACGUGUGUGUAGCUCAAAGCCCAUUGAGCAGUUCUUCUACCACAUCAACGGUGGCGCCGGGACCGGCAAAUCUCAUCUCAUCAAGUGUAUCCACGCUGAGGCUACCAAAAUACUGCAGAGACUACCACGACUGGCUGAGGAGGCCGACAUUUCCAAGCAAACGGUUGUUCUCGCAGCUUUCACUGGCACGGCUGCGUUCAACAUUUCCGGGGCAACGUUGCAUUGUCUACUCAAACUGCCGAGAAGUCUCAAACCCCCGUACCACGGGCUGGGCAAUAAACUGGACGAAGUCAGAGCCGAGCUGUCCAUCGCCGAAAUACUCAUCAUCGAUGAGAUUUCCAUGGUGUCGAAAGACCUCUUCGCCUACGUGAAUGCCAGGUUGAAACAAAUCAAAGGAAUUAAUUUACCUUUCGGUGGCAUGUCUGUUCUUGCUGUUGGAGAUUUCUUUCAGCUCCCUCCCGUGAGACAGUCCAAACCUCUGUGCGUGUACGAUCCUACGCGGCCGGACCACUGGCGUGACGACUUCAAAAAGAUCACGCUCACCGCCAUCAUGAGGCAGAAAGACGAUGUCGCCUUUGCCGAACUGCUGAACCGACUUCGCGUCAAAGAAAAGUCAGAUGAACUGUCGGAAAUGGACAGAGCUCUCCUUGCCACGAGGUGGAUGGCCAUAACUCUGCGAUGCUGGAACUGUCUCAUAAGGACAUUGUGCAGAUUGACGCGGAUGACUACAAGAAAGACAAAGGAACUGGCAGAAUGGCAAGGUCUGUGCAACGGGAUGUUUGCAAAAGUUGUCAAAUUGGUGAACUAUCCAAAUGAAGCCCGUGUCCAGAAACUUGGCUUGGAACUCGAUCAUGUGAGUAACACAGCGCGUGCUGCUAACCCCGUGUACAUUGACAGACUGGAGGAGAAGCUGAACAAGGCUGGAGUGACGCGCCGACAGUUUCCCAUCAAGCUUGCUUUUGCCUGCACGAUCCACAAGGUACAAGGCAUGACAACGUCACAGGCUGCAGUUUCGCUGAAAGGUGUUUUCGAACACGGCAUGGGGUACGUAGCUCUGAGUAGAGUGACUUCGCUCAGUGGUCUGCAUAUUCUGCAUAUGGAUGAGAGAAGGCUUCAUGCAAAUCCACAAAUCACUGCUGCUCUUGCUGAGAUGGCAGAGGAUUCUUUGGAGAGCGUCAUGCCCCUCCUUCGCGUGAUGCCGUCGGUAGAUCGGGCAAAUCACCUGGUUGUCGUCCAUCAUAACACCGAAGGGCUGUCUUGUCACGUGCAAGAUAUCGUGUCUCAUCACGAACUGCUUUUCGCUGAUGUUUUGUGCUUCACAGAGACACACCUCCAAGGAUCAGUGGCCGAUGGACGUGCUUGCUUGGAAGGCUACAUGAUGUUUUGCAGGAACCGAAGUGAUUCUUACACAAACUGUCCUGACUUGGCUACAAAACGUGGUGGCGGCGUAGGUAUUUGUGUCAAAAGUCACAUCGUGGCCCAGGAAAAGAAAUACGUUCAGGGUGUGACCGACAUUGAAUUUGUUGUGGUGAUGUUGGGAUCACCGGUGUUUGAGUGAUGUUCCAGUUAUUUAUUUUCUUUCUGUGUGUUCGCAAUUGUCAUGGUUUUUAACUCGGCUGUAUGUAUUUGUUUGUUCACGCUGAUUUCUCCGACUGCCCGAAAUUUUCCAUAUUCUCAGUUUAUGUGUAUAUCUGUCAUCUCAGGGACACGAAGAAAGAAUCCGAUCUGGCGAAAGCCCGUGCGGCUCUGGACUCAGAGGCCACAGAGCGUGAACGUCUGCAGGUGAAGUUGUCCAAGCUGAAGAUUGAUUUUGACGAGCUGGAAGCAAGGUGAGGCCCGCCCGGCCAUUUUAUCAAAAAUAUGCCAACAACAAAAUGGAUAGUGGAUAUUAGUGCUGACACAAUUGCUUUGCUGCUGGGGCCACACCCCAAGGAAAAUCCUCCUCGUGACUAAUUGCAGCUCAAUUGGACUUUCAGUUAACCAUCCCAUAUGUGGGACUCACGAUGGGAUCACCGGUGUUUGAGUGAUGUUCCAGUUAUUUAUUUUCUUUCUGUGUGUUCGCAAUUGUCAUGGUGAUAAUACUAGCCAACUUACAUUGGCUCCCGGUCCAUUUUAGAUGUGACUUCAAGGUUCUUCUACUAACCUAUAAAUCGCUGCAUGGCUUAGCGCCUUCAUAUCUCGUCGACCUAGUUGUUCCUUAUGUUCCGUCUCGUAACCUUCGUUCGCAAAACGCUACCCUUUUAGCGACACCGAGGGCCAAGAAAAUGUCUGCAGGCUCUAGAGCAUUUUCUAUUCGGGCUCCAGAGCUUUGGAAUGCCCUACCAAUGGAUAUUAGGACUGCUACCUCAGUAGAAACAUUUAAGACACGUUUAAAGACACAUUUCUAUGACAUGGCCUUUAACUAACCUGUAGUGGCCGAUUCGGCUGGAGUUUGUUUUCUCUCCCUCUCCACCCCCUCCCUCCCUCCCUCCCCGGCCGGGGAGGUGGUUAGGUGGCACCCAUGCUGACAGCGGCUAUCUGGAUUCUCGUGGGCCAAUUCAGGAUGGGGGAACUGCAGCUCAACCUCCUCGAAGACACUGCCAGGACAAUUGAGGGCUCCUUCGGCAGCCCUCUGCUAUGACAUGGACAUCCACUUUUUAUUUAAUUGAUUUUCAUGUUGUAUCAUUUGUGCCCUCUCUGCAUCCAUUUCAACCUGGUGAUCCUGAAAGGGGGAUCCUUCCAUCUGUGGUCCCUUCUCAAGGUUUCUCAUUUUCCCCUGGUAGGGGUUUUUAAGUUUUUCCUUGCCCUUUUGGGAGCUUAAGAUCAGGGGAUGCUUUGAGAAUAAUUGUCAAUUUCUGUCUAUGUGAAGCCCUUUGAGACUGCUUGUGAUUUAGGGCUAUACAAAUAAACUUGACUUGACUUGUGUUGGAAUAAUUUAAGUAAAGCCUUGUACUUAUUACGAGUUUAUGGCUUUCCUUUCAUCUAGGUUCUUUCUCUUGAGUGACUUUUGAUCUCUGUCAGCCAUAUGUGUCCUUCCUGUCCUUAUGUUAUCUGUGUGUUUUUGUUCCUGUAAGAGGUAAACACAGUUUGAAGUGGUUGCGUACAAGUUAUCCCAUAUUUACUCAAGUCUUGUUCAAGGGUUUCGGACAAGUCACUCAUUGUUAUUGCGUGUUAAUUUACUAAGUAGAUAAAGUCUAGCCAAGGUUUAGUUGCAUUGUUCCACAGGAGUUAUCUGAUCUUGCUCGCGGACGACUCGGCCAUGACAACUGUAGAAGAACAGAUGGACAAACUCUGCGGGGGUCACGGGCCGACAAUGAAGUGCUAAUUCACACCACACUACAUUCCUUAGCUAAUCAGCGUUGCUACAGACACAAUCUUCCCUCCCUUUAGUGUAGCAACGCCUUUGUAACCAGGGCAACCAAAACAUUAAAUAGAGGAGCACGUGGAGGGAGAACUCAGAAUUGAUGGAGAUUGUAACCGAGUUUCCUCUCUCUAUCGUUCUCCUCGCGAGAAAAGGCUUAAUA